AUGGAGACUCUGGACGCGCUGCAUGUCUGCAGGAUGUCGGGAGAAGAGAUCGCUGUACCCCGGGAUCAGCUGAGCACUGUACGGGCCUUGAAACAGCGGCUGCAUGGGCUUUGCGGCGUCUCGCGUUUCAGGCAGAGGCUCACUCAUCAGGGCACGGUCUUGGUUGAUGACGCCAGGUUGGACGCAGAAGUGACUGACGUGGAAUUGCUUGUGCUGCCCUUCUCUGACACUUCUGAAGAGCAAGCGGAAGAACUCUGUGAGGCGGCAAGGGAUGGCAAGGUGGUGAAGGUUGAAGAGCUUCUGCAGCGACCCCAAGACCCAAACCUCGCAAUCACUGACCCGGAAUCUGAGGACUUAAGCUGGGGUGGUGGUCCGGGCCCAGACCUUCUAACAGCCCUCUCAGAAGCAACCGAGCAUGGGCACUUGGAAAUAGUGCAUUUGCUGUUGGAAGCAGGUGCCCGCAUUGAAGGGCCCGCCAACGACGCUCUUGCUCAUGCAGCCCGCAAAAGCCACAUCGACAUCGUCCGGUUGCUUCUGCAGGCCGGUGCGGACAAGGACGAAAACGGGGAAGUUCUUUCAGCGGCAUCCUCGGGUGGCCACGUGGAAAUGGUGCAGUUGUGGUUGGAAGCCGGCACCCACGGCGAAGGGUCUUGCAACAGAGCUCUGAACAGAGCUCUUUUCAGCGCAGCCAGCAGAGGUCAUACUGACAUCGUCCGGUUGCUCCUAGAGGCCGGAGCGGACAAGGAUGCAUGUGAGAUAAGGUAUGGUUCUCGCACAACAGUUUUGGCAGCGGCAACCGAAAGUGGACACUUGGAAGUAGUGCGCUUGCUCUUGGAAGCCGGCGCCAGUGUCGUGUGGGUCGACGGAGCUUUGGUCAAGGCAGCCCGCGGAGGUCUCAUCGAUAUCGUCCAGUUGCUCUUGGAGGCCGGUGCGGACAAGAACGCGUAUGACCCUGGGUUUCCGGUUCUAGCUGGUCGUACAGCUCUUGCAGCAGCAGCUGAGUACGGGCACUUGGAAAUAGUGCGGCUUCUCCUGGAAGCCGGUGCCUGCGUUGAGCGGUCCGCCAAUGAAGCUCUCGUCACGGCGAGGAUGCGUGGUUACGUGGACAUUGUCAAGUUACUCCUGGAUGCAGGGGCCACUUAA